CCGCGACAGCCUGUCCGCGACUGUGCAGGGUCUGGCCGCGGGCGUCUGUGCUUGGCGCGCAUUUGAGGCAGCCGCCGAGGCCAGCGAGGCGGCGAUUCGCGACGUUGAGGCUCGUCUCCGAAUCACGAGCCUGCCAUUGGCUGACAAUUUCGACCAAUUAGCGCGGACUGGCCGCCAAUUGGCCCGCUUAGCCCGCGCUCUCACGAGCCCUCAUUCGUCGGACAGCGCCUCGUCCGCAGAGGACGAGGCGGAGGAGGACGAGGCAGAGGCGGAGGCGGCUGCAGCUGCGGGUGCCGGCGGCCUCGGGAGGCGGGCGGUGAGAGAAGUCGAGCGGUUGGCGGAGACGGCGCGAGGUCUGCCGCUGACUGCCUCGGAGGCUGGCGCGCCCGAGGCGCAGGAGCGCCUGCCCGGUGGGCUGGCGACGGCCGUGCAGACGAUUUCGAGGCAGCAGGAGCGCCUGAGGAGCGCGGCGCGACAGGCGAGUGCGCAGGCAGAGGCGUGGCUGCGAGCGGGUGAGGCGGGCGCCGACCUCGAGGCCGGCUUGUCUGGCCUGGAGGCGCGCGUGGCCCGCCUGGGAGACCGGCUGUCCGGGCUGGAGGCGGAGGCGCUGGCACCGGAGACAGAGGGCCUUACUGACUGUCUGUCCGGAGUGGCGAGUGUGCUCGGAGAGGGCGAGUGUGUGCGGCGUGCGGCGUGUGAGUUGCGCUCGGUCAGUCUGCAAACGGCGCCGGCGGCCACGCCUCUCGGGCGGCAGGCGGUGCACGAGCGGCUGGCGCGCGUGCACGCCGCCUGGGAGGCGUGCGAGGCGGCCGCGGGCCGGCUGCGUCAGGGACUGAAGGAGCGGCUCGCUGAUUGGUCCGGCCAGCAGGCCAGGCUGGACGCCUUCGCCGAUUGGCUGACUGGCAGUGCCGCCAGUGAGGAGGCAUGGCUGCGCGACGGCGACGCCGGCGUCUGGAGGCCGGCGGGCCGGCGGGCCGCCGAAGAGGGCGAGGAGGCGGCCGACCUGCUCGCCCGCCUAGCGGCUGACUCGCAGGCGGCCGGCGAGCGCCUCCGCCUUUGUCUGGCCGGCGUGGAGGCGCGCAGCGCCGACCUGGACCGUCUGCGCGCACGCCUUGUCGGCGCCGCGGGCCCGGCCGACCGGUUCGUCGAGUUGACGACCGGACACGCCGCGUUGCAGCGCCGCCUGGCCGACAUGUUGGCCGAGCUGGAGGUGCACCGUCGCCUUGUGGCGCGGUUGACCAGCGACUGGGACGUCUGC